AAGAAGAAUUAGAAACUUUCUUCUCUGAUGAGUCAAAAAUGAAUACAGAAGAUGAUCUAGCUAUAUAUCUUGCAAAAUCUGCGAAAAAUAUAACUCAAGAAAUAAAGGAAUUAGAUUAUAAUAUAGAUCAAAAAGUUACUCCUAAACAGAAAGAAGAUGCUUGA